AUUCACAAGAAAAGGAAAAUGUCAUCCCUCCGACGCAUUUUCUACACCCUUUUGUACUCCUUUGGAAAUUUCACCCCACACGCCAAGACACAUGUCCAUCCAAGUCGUGUCACUACUGAUUACGAUGUAAAAUUAAGAUAUAUAAUCCUGCAGGCGUUGCUAGUUCCUUACUUGAAUUUCACAAGAAUUUCCAGUUUUUCAACUUCAAGUUCUCCAUCAAAAUUAGUCUUUUUGCUAAGAAGAGAAAAUGGCUUUGGUUGGAGAGGCUUUACUCUCCGGUUCAAUCCAGGUGAUAUGCCACAAGAUUGCCUCCAGAGAGUUCAUGGACUUCUUCCGGGCAAGAAGAUUCAACCAUUCACUCGUGGACAGACUGAAGGUGACGUUGAUGACCCUCCAUGCAGUGCUCAACGAUGCAGAGGAGAAGCAGAUUGUCAACCCUGCCGUCGAGAUGUGGCUUGACGAGCUCAAAGAUGCUGUGUUCGAUGCCGAGGACUUGGUGGAUGAGAUUGAUACUGAAGCUUUGCAUCACAAGGCGAAAGAUCAGACUGGGACAACCCAGGGAAAUCUACUGGGUCAAAUAUUGGAGAACUGAGGAGUUGUCGCACCUUCGAGGAAAAAUUUCUAUCUUGAAUCUGCGAAAUGUAGUCGGUGCUAUUGAUGCCUUGCUGAAGGAUAAGAAAGAUCUCAAUGAUGUAGAGUUGUCAUGGGGUAGCGUGGUUUCCGACGAUUCCGUGAAAGAGAGACAAGUACUUGAAAGCCUUCAACCUUCUGUAAAACUGGUGAAACUGACCAUCAGGUGAUAUGGUGGAACCAGUUUCCCGAAAUGGGUGGGAGACUCGUCCUUCUCCAACUUACAAGUGAUGCGUCUGAUUGAUUGUAGUAAUUGUAGUUCUCUGCCACCAGUUGGUCAGCUACCUGCUCUGAAAGAGCUCUACGUAGAAAGGAUGGAAUUUGUUACGAGUGUUAGUGCUGAAUUCUAUGGGGGAAAUCAACCAUUUCCAUCUUUAGAGAAGCUAGAGUUUAUGGAUAUGCCAGCGU